AUAAUUGAAUUAAAAAUCACUUACAUUGAAGUAUGUGAGUAAAUAAAAAAAUGGCGGAUAAUGUUGAUGCUGGAGCAAAGUUUUGGAAGUUUGACUUGAGAAGUAUUGCGAAAUAUAGCCUUAUAGGUUGUGUCGCAUUGCUUUUAGGUUACAUCCACUACAAAUAUGUUUCCAACUUGUUUGAGAAUGACAGAAAUUUCUCCUACCUCUCCGAUCUUGAACGGGAGAUGUCUUUACGAACAGAGAUGGGUUUCUAUUAUUCAUAUUAUAAAACUAUUGUUGAAGAGAUACCAUUUAUUGCUGGAAUAUCAAAGAUUAUGUACGACAAAUUGGUUGAAUACCCAAACGAAGUAAAUGCAUUCAAUAGAUUUAAUAUUUAUCCAGAGGUAGUAAUUGGAACAAUAUACCGCUAUUUCGAACCAGCAUUAAACUCAUCACAUAGAGAAUGUCAUAUGGUUGAACGUGACUCUGGUAUGGAACCUGUGGAGAGUUGCGUGGGACUCGGUGUGCCAAUUAUUUUCUAUUUGGAAACUGUUUGGUGGAUGGCUGGAUUAACUGUAUCUGCACUUUUCUUGCACGCGUUCACACUUAGUGGAAACAUAUUAGGUGGUCUUAUAGCGGUUGUCCAAUACUUUGCCAAUCACACGGAAUGCACCCGAGUACAAUGGGCGCCGAAUGAAAGAGAGAAUUUCGCGCUACCAAUACUUUUAAUACAAGGUUGGCUAUUGACUGUACAAUUAAGGGAUAAGUCAAGGAAACACGGCUUACGAUUACAGAUCGCAAUAUUUCUUUGCAACUGCCUCUGUCUUUUAUUCUGGCAAUUCAGUCAGUUCAUAUUCUUUGCUCAGUUAUGUAUCUAUUUCUUGAUGGAACAAUUCUAUAUUAUUGAUACAAAAGUUCUCUCUAUUUUCCUUCACUCCCACUUCUGUGGAUUACAUAUAGCUAUCCUUCUAUUACAAGGCAAUGAUAUGCUUAAAUCCUCCAUGUAUACUUCCAUCUUUAUUGUUCUAUUCAUUUACUGUCUUUUCUUCAGUUCUAUGAGAAUUACUAUUAAAAAUUCUAUGGAUAUGAUUUUGGAAUUCUUCCUAAUUAUAUUCAGGUUCAUAUGUAUUGGUAUUGCUACUGUCUAUUUGAAGUUAUUCAUCAGUAAUUUCUUGAAUGUUGAAGAAGAUUCUCACAUCUGGGAUAUGCUUUUCUCGAAAUUUUCAUCUAAAUACAAAAACUUUCACACUCUUAUUUAUACAUGCACUGAUGUAUUCGAUUUCCUUCCGUUCUCUUCUAUAGAGAAGAUGUUCAGUACUUUUUUAAUACCAUUUAUUAUAAUAAGUAUGUGUAACAUAAUGAAAAAAACUUACGAUGAUGCGGUAAUCGCAAGAGAUGAUGAGAAAUAUAAGAAGAAGAAGAAAGAUGAUGAUUCAAACAAGAAGGAAAACGAAGAAACUGAUGAUAGUGGAAUAGAGAAUAACGCAGAUAGUAAAACAAAGAAGAAGACUUCAAGCAAAGAAGAUAAAAACAGUGUUAAGAAGAAAUUAGAAGGUGGUUUAGAUAUAGUCAUGUAUAUGAAAUUUGAUCCUGCGUUAUUUUAUAAUUUGUCGCUUAUGAUGCUUUAUUGGGUCUUUGCUAUAUUAGUUAUGAGAUUGAAACUGUUGCUGGCAACACAGAUGUGUCUCCUGUCAUCUUUGAUGGUCACCAAAAAUUAUUACAGGUUUCCUAAGAGAAUAAUGGACCGUUUGCCUGUUAUCUGGUUGAUGCUUCUUUUACCCGUCGGUCGACAACUUGUGGAUAAUGUGACUCGAGAAACAGCUCAUAUUGGUGAGUUUAGUGACUACCCACAAGAGGAGAUGUUGAAGUGGAUAUCGAGUGACGCAGGUUCAGGUGCAUUUGCCGGUUCCAUGCCCAUUUUGGCCACAGUCAUGUUGACUACAAGAAAACCUAUAGUAGCACAUCCUCAUUAUGAAAAUGUAGGCGCUAGAAAAAGGGCAUAUUCUGUAUACAAAGUGUAUGGAAGAUUUACAAGUGAUGAGCUUUAUGAGGAAUUGAGGAAUUUAAAGGCAUCGUAUUUAAUAGUUGAGUCCAAAUACUGCUAUGGAAGAAGCAACAAGGGUUGUUCAUUCGCGGACAUCUGGGACAUUGAAGAGCCAGCAUUGGCGCGUUUGCCACAACUUUGCAAUUUGCUACUAACUGACAAUGUGGAUCACUUCUAUCCCGUGUUCAGGAAUCAACAGUACGCUGUGUUUCUUGUACACGACUAUAGUGUCAGAUAUAUGCCACGAACUUUUUCUACUUGACGUUCGUCAAAAAAAAACGAAGAAAUCAAACGCUAAUUUGUAUAUUACUAUAGUUGGGACAUUCUAAAUAGGUCACAUUUGACAUUUGAUCAAAAUCCAACGUAACCUUGCAAAGGCGGGCAUAAAGUAUUUUUUUUUUAGUCGGAACUACACAAUUGCUCACCUUUUUUCAAAUUUAGAUUACAUAAUUGUAAUCAUGUCCUUCGAACGUCGUUUCAAUGUUGCGUCAGUUAAUUCUUUUUCUUUUUAAA